GUCCCAUAUAAGCCGCAGCUCUCGGGGCUUGGCCGCCCGCGCCGGCUGCGCUGUGCAGGGGGAGGAGAGGGAGCCCUAGGCGCGAGCAGGGGAGAGGGGACCUGCAGCGACAACUUCUCUCGUCCUUUCCUUCCCCUCUGUCCCUCUACCCGUCCCCGUCCCCAUCCUCCGGCCCCUACCUUCUCCGAGGCUUCAACCCCCAGGAAGCACUGGAAGGGACUCCUCCCGCAGGUUGCGAAGGGAACCAAACUUGGUGGCAACUUGUCUCCUGGUGAGGGCGUCUCUCCCCACACCGUCUCAAGAUGCUCAGGGGUCCGGGACCUGGGCUGCUGCUGCUGGUCGUCCUGUCCCUGGGGACAGCGGUGCCCUCCAGCGGAGCCUCGAAGAGGAAGAGGCAGGAUCAGCAAAUCAUUCAGCCCCAGUCCCCGGUGGCUGUCGGCCAAAGCAAGCCUGGUUGUUACGACAAUGGGAAACACUAUCAGAUAAACCAACAAUGGGAGCGCACCUACCUGGGCAAUGCCUUGGUUUGUACCUGCUACGGAGGGAGCAGAGGCUUUAACUGCGAGAGUAAACCUGAGCCUGAAGAGACUUGCUUUGACAAGUACACCGGGAACACUUACCGGGUCGGCGACACUUAUGAGCGCCCUAAAGACUCCAUGAUCUGGGACUGUACCUGCAUCGGGGCCGGGCGAGGGAGAAUCAGCUGCACCAUUGCAAACCGCUGCCAUGAAGGGGGUCAGUCCUACAAGAUUGGUGACACCUGGAGGAGACCUCAUGAGACUGGUGGUUACAUGUUAGAGUGUGUCUGUCUUGGUAAUGGGAAAGGAGAAUGGACCUGCAAGCCUAUAGCUGAGAAAUGUUUUGAUCAUGCUGCUGGGACCUCUUAUGUUGUCGGGGAAACCUGGGAGAAGCCCUACCAAGGCUGGAUGAUGGUGGACUGUACUUGUCUGGGAGAAGGCAAUGGGCGCAUCACCUGUACCUCUAGAAACAGAUGCAAUGAUCAGGACACUAGGACAUCCUAUAGAAUUGGCGAUACCUGGAGCAAGAAGGAUAAUCGGGGGAACCUGCUCCAGUGCAUCUGCACAGGCAACGGCAGAGGGGAGUGGAAGUGUGAAAGGCACGCGUCUCUGCAGACCACAUCCACCGGAUCUGGCCCCUUCACAGAUGUCCGAACGGCCAUUUACCAGCCCCAGCCUCACCCCCAGCCCGCUCCAUACGGUCACUGUGUCACAGACAGUGGCGUGGUUUACUCCGUGGGGAUGCAGUGGCUGAAGACACAAGGAAAUAAGCAAAUGCUUUGCACUUGCCUGGGCAAUGGAGUCAGCUGCCAAGAGACAGCUGUGACCCAGACUUAUGGUGGCAAUUCAAACGGGGAGCCGUGUGUCUUACCCUUCACCUACAACGGCAGAACUUUCUACUCCUGUACCACGGAGGGGCGGCAGGAUGGACACCUCUGGUGCAGCACAACUUCCAAUUAUGAGCAAGACCAGAAAUAUUCUUUCUGUACAGACAGUGCUGUUUUGGUUCAGACUCGAGGUGGGAAUUCCAAUGGUGCCUUGUGCCACUUCCCCUUCCUAUACAACAACCACAACUACACUGACUGUACUUCUGAGGGCAGGAGAGACAACAUGAAAUGGUGUGGAACCACCCAGAACUAUGACGCGGACCAGAAGUUUGGAUUCUGCCCCAUGGCUGCCCACGAGGAAAUCUGUACAACUAAUGAAGGGGUGAUGUAUCGCGUUGGAGAUCAGUGGGAUAAGCAACACGACAUGGGCCACAUGAUGAGGUGCACAUGUGUUGGCAAUGGUCGUGGGGAAUGGACCUGUGUUGCCUACUCCCAGCUCCGAGAUCAAUGCAUUGUCGACGACAUCACUUAUAACGUGAAUGACACAUUUCAUAAGCGUCACGAAGAGGGACACAUGCUGAAUUGUACCUGCUUCGGUCAGGGCCGGGGCAGAUGGAAGUGUGAUCCCAUUGACCAAUGCCAGGACUCGGAAACCCGAACGUUUUAUCAGAUUGGAGACUCCUGGGAGAAAUAUGUGCAUGGUGUCAGGUACCAGUGCUACUGCUAUGGCCGUGGCAUUGGGGAGUGGCAUUGCCAACCUUUGCAGACCUACCCAGGCACCACUGGCCCUGUCCAAGUAAUCAUCACAGAGACCCCCAGCCAGCCCAACUCACACCCCAUCCAGUGGAACGCACCGGAGCCAUCUCACAUCUCUAAGUACAUCCUCAGAUGGAAACCCAAAAAUGCUCCAGGCCGUUGGAAGGAAGCCACCAUUCCAGGCCACUUGAACUCAUACACUAUCAAAGGCCUGAGGCCAGGUGUGGUAUAUGAGGGACAGCUCAUCAGUGUCCAGCACUACGGCCACAAAGAGGUGACACGCUUUGACUUCACCACCACCAGCACAAGCCCAGCAGUGACCAGCAACACUGUGACUGGAGAGACAACACCGUUUUCCCCCGUUGUGGCCACUUCUGAAUCUGUGACUGAAAUCACCGCCAGCAGCUUCGUGGUCUCUUGGGUCUCAGCUUCAGACACCGUGUCAGGAUUCCGUGUGGAAUAUGAGCUGAGUGAGGAGGGAGAUGAACCGCAGUACCUCGAUCUUCCAAGCACGGCCACUUCUGUAAACAUCCCUGACCUGCUUCCUGGCCGAAAAUACAUCGUAAAUGUCUAUCAGAUUUCUGAAGAAGGAGAGCAGAGUCUGAUCCUGUCUACUUCGCAGACAACAGCGCCUGAUGCCCCUCCUGAUCCUACUGUGGACCAAGUUGAUGACACCUCGAUUGUUGUUCGCUGGAGCAGACCUCAGGCACCCAUCACAGGAUACAGAAUCGUGUAUUCACCAUCAGUAGAAGGGAGUAGCACAGAACUCACCCUUCCUGAAACUGCCAACUCCGUCACCCUCAGCGACUUGCAACCUGGGGUUCAGUAUAACAUCACCAUCUAUGCUGUGGAAGAGAAUCAAGAAAGUACUCCUGUUUUCAUCCAACAGGAAACCACUGGCGUCCCACGUGCAGAUAAAGUUCCGCCUCCCCGGGACCUGCAGUUUGUGGAGGUGACAGACGUGAAGAUCACCAUCAUGUGGACACCCCCUGAGAGCGCGGUGACCGGCUACCGUGUGGACGUGCUCCCCGUCAACCUGCCUGGGGAGCACGGCCAGAGGCUGCCCAUCAGCAGGAACACGUUUGCAGAAGUCACAGGGCUGUCCCCGGGGGUCACCUAUCACUUCAAAAUCUUCGCCGUGAACCACGGGAGGGAAAGCAAGCCUCUGACAGGAGAACAGACAACCAAAUUGGAUGCUCCCACUAACCUCCGGUUUAUCAAUGAAACUGAGUCGACUGUCGUAGUGACCUGGACACCCCCUCGGGCCCGGAUAGCCGGGUAUCGGCUGACCGUGGGCCUGACCCGGGGAGGCCAGCCCAAGCAGUACAACGUGGGGCCCUCUGCCUCUCAGUACCCACUGAGGAGUCUGCAGCCUGGGUCUGAGUACACCGUCACCCUCGUGGCCGUCAAAGGCAACCAGCAGAGCCCCAAAGCCACUGGAGUCUUUACUACUCUGCAGUCUCCAGGCUCCAUUCCACCUUACAGCACAGAGGUGACUGAGACCACCAUUGUGAUUACAUGGACGCCUGCUCCAAGGAUUGGUUUUAAGCUGGGUGUGCGACCAAGCCAGGGAGGGGAAGCACCGCGAGAAGUGACUUCAGACUCAGGAAGCAUCGUUGUGUCUGGCCUGACCCCAGGCGUGGAAUAUGUUUACACCAUCUCAGUCCUGAGAGAUGGGCAGGAGAGAGAUGCGCCAAUCGUGAAGAAAGUGGUGACACCAUUGUCUCCCCCAACAAACUUGCACCUGGAGGCAAACCCCGACACUGGAGUGCUUACGGUCUCCUGGGAGAGGAGCACCACCCCAGACAUUACUGGUUAUAGAAUCACCACCACGCCUACAAGUGGCCAACAAGGCUAUUCUCUGGAAGAAGUGGUUCAUGCAGAUCAGAGUUCUUGCACUUUUGAAAACCUGAGUCCUGGCCUGGAGUACAAUGUCAGUGUUUACACUGUCAAAGAUGACAAGGAAAGUGUCCCUAUCUCUGAUACCAUCAUCCCAGAGGUGCCCCAACUCACUGACCUAAGCUUUGUUGAUAUAACCGAUUCAAGCAUCGGCCUGAGGUGGACCCCGCUAAACUCUUCCACCAUUAUUGGGUAUCGCAUCACAGUAGUUGCGGCAGGAGAAGGUAUCCCUAUUUUUGAAGAUUUUGUGGACUCCUCAGUAGGAUACUACACAGUUACAGGGCUGGAGCCUGGCAUUGACUAUGACAUCAGCGUUAUCACUCUCAUUAAUGGCGGAGAGAGUGCCCCUACUACGCUGACACAACAAACCGCUGUCCCUCCUCCCACUGACCUGCGAUUCACCAAUGUUGGUCCAGACACUAUGCGUGUCACCUGGGCCCCACCUCCAUCUAUUGAAUUGACCAACCUCCUGGUGCGCUACUCACCCGUGAAAAAUGAGGAAGAUGUUGCGGAAUUGUCAAUUUCUCCUUCAGACAAUGCAGUGGUCUUAACAAAUCUCCUGCCUGGGACAGAAUACUUAGUCAGUGUCUCCAGCGUUUACGAACAACACGAGAGCACACCUCUUAGAGGAAGACAGAAGACAGGUCUCGAUUCCCCAACUGGCAUUGACUUUUCUGAUAUCACUGCCAACUCUUUCACGGUCCAUUGGAUUGCUCCUCGAGCCACCAUCACUGGCUACAGGAUUCGCCAUCAUCCUGAGCACACUGGUGGAAGACCACGAGAGGAUCGAGUGCCUCCCUCUCGGAAUUCUAUCACCCUCACCAACCUCAAUCCAGGCACAGAAUAUGUGGUCAGCAUCGUUGCUCUUAAUGGCAGAGAGGAAAGUCCUCCCUUGGUUGGCCAACAAUCAACAGUUUCUGACGUUCCAAGGGACCUGGAAGUUAUUGCCACAACCCCCACCAGCAUCUUGAUCAGCUGGGACGCUCCUGCCGUCACAGUGAGAUAUUACAGGAUCACCUAUGGAGAAACAGGAGGAAAUAGCCCUGUCCAGGAGUUCACUGUGCCUGGCAGCAAGUCUACAGCUACCAUCAGUGGCCUUAAACCUGGAGUAGACUACACCAUCACCGUUUAUGCUGUCACUGGCCGCGGGGACAGCCCAGCCAGCAGCAAGCCAAUUUCCAUUGAUUACCGAACAGAAAUUGACAAACCAUCCCAGAUGCAAGUGACUGAUGUUCAGGACAACAGCAUUAGUGUCAGGUGGCUGCCUUCAAGUUCCCCUGUUACUGGCUACAGAGUGACCACUACUCCCAAAAAUGGCCCAGGACAAUCAAAAACUAAAACUGCAGGUCCAGAUCAAACAGAAAUGACCAUCGAAGGCUUACAACCCACAGUGGAGUAUGUGGUUAGUGUCUAUGCUCAGAAUCAAAACGGAGAGAGUCAGCCUCUGGUUCAGACAGCAGUAACCAACAUUGAUCGCCCUAGAGGACUGGCAUUCACAGAUGUGGAUGUCGAUUCCAUCAAAAUUGCUUGGGAAAGCCCACAGGGGCAAGUUUCCAGGUACAGGGUGACCUACUCGAGCCCUGAGGAUGGAAUCCAUGAGCUAUUCCCUGCACCUGAUGGUGAAGAAGACACUGCAGAGCUGCAAGGCCUCAGGCCGGGUUCUGAGUACACAGUCAGUGUGGUUGCCUUGCACGAUGAUAUGGAGAGCCAGCCCCUGAUUGGAACCCAGUCCACAGCCAUUCCUGCACCAACUGAACUCAAGUUCACUCAGGUUACACCAACAAGCCUGACCGCCCAGUGGACAGCACCCAAUGUUCAGCUCACUGGGUACCGCGUGCGGGUGACCCCCAAGGAAAAGACUGGACCAAUGAAAGAAAUUAACCUUGCUCCCGAUAGCACAUCUGUGGUCGUAUCAGGACUCAUGGUGGCCACCAAGUAUGAAGUGAGUGUCUAUGCUCUUAAGGACACUUUGACAAGCAGACCGGCUCAGGGAAUUGUCACGACCCUGGAGAAUGUCAGCCCUCCAAGAAGGGCCCGCGUGACAGAUGCUACUGAGACCACCAUCACCAUUAGCUGGAGAACCAAGACUGAGACCAUCACUGGCUUCCAGGUUGAUGCCAUCCCAGCAAAUGGCCAGCCUCCAAUCCAGAGAACCAUCAAGCCAGAUGUCAGAAGCUACACCAUCACAGGUUUGCAACCCGGCACUGACUACAAGAUCUAUUUGUACACCCUGAAUGACAAUGCCCGGAGCUCCCCUGUGAUCAUCGACGCCUCUACUGCCAUUGAUGCACCAUCCAACCUGCAUUUCCUGGCCACCACGCCCAACUCCUUGCUGAUAUCAUGGCAGCCACCCCGUGCCAGGAUUACUGGUUACAUCAUCAAGUAUGAGAAGCCUGGGUCCCCUCCCAGAGAAGUGGUCCCUCGGCCCCACCCUGGUGUCACAGAGGCUACUAUUACUGGUCUGGAACCAGGAACCGAGUACACUAUUCAAGUCAUUGCCAUCAAGAACAACCAGAAGAGCGAGCCUCUGAUCGGGAGGAGAAAGACAGAUGAGCUUCCCCAACUGGUAACCCUUCCACACCCCAAUCUUCACGGACCAGAGAUCUUGGAUGUUCCCUCCACAGUUCAAAAGACCCCUUUCAUCACCAACCCUGGGUAUGACAAUGGAAACGGUAUUCAGCUUCCUGGCACUUCUGGUCAGCAGCCCAGUGUUGGGCAACAAAUGAUCUUUGAGGAGCAUGGUUUUAGGCGAACCACACCGCCCACAACGGCCACCCCCGUAAGGCAUAGGCCAAGACCAUAUCCGCCGAAUGUAAAUGAGGAGAUCCAAAUUGGUCAUGUCCCCAGGGGAGACGUAGACCAGCACCUCUACCCUCACGUUCUGGGACUCAAUCCAAAUACCUCUACAGGACAAGAGGCUCUCUCUCAGACAACCAUCUCUUGGACCCCAUUCCAGGAAAGCUCUGAGUAUAUCAUUUCAUGUCAUCCAGUUGGCAUUGAUGAAGAACCCUUACAGUUCCGAGUUCCUGGAACCUCUGCUAGUGCCACCCUGACGGGUCUUACCAGAGGGGCCACCUACAACAUCAUAGUGGAGGCACUGAAAGACCAGAAGAGGCACAAGGUUCGGGAGGAGGUCGUUACUGUGGGCAACUCUGUUGACCAAGGCCUAGGCCAACCUACGGCUGACUCGUGCUUCGACCCCUACACCGUCUCCCAUUACGCCAUCGGAGAGGAGUGGGAGCGACUGUCUGAAUCUGGCUUUAAACUCUCCUGCCAGUGCUUAGGGUUUGGCAGUGGCCAUUUCAGAUGCGAUUCGUCUAAAUGGUGCCAUGACAAUGGUGUGAACUACAAGAUUGGAGAGAAGUGGGAUCGUCAGGGAGAAAAUGGCCAGAUGAUGAGCUGCACAUGUCUUGGAAAUGGAAAAGGAGAAUUCAAGUGUGACCCUCAUGAAGCAACAUGUUAUGAUGACGGGAAGACGUACCACGUAGGAGAACAGUGGCAGAAGGAGUAUCUUGGUGCUAUUUGCUCCUGCACAUGCUUUGGAGGCCAGCGGGGCUGGCGCUGUGACAACUGCCGCAGACCCGGGGCUGAACCCGGUCACGAAGGCUCCACUGGGCACUCCUACAACCAGUAUUCACAGAGAUACCAGCAGAGAACCAACACCAAUGUCAACUGCCCAAUUGAGUGCUUCAUGCCUUUAGAUGUACAGGCUGACAGAGAUGAUUCCCGAGAAUAAUAUCUCCAACCCAGAGAAACCAGCGUGGACCUCUGCCAGAGUCCAUCCAAACUGGAGUGACAACAGCAGACCCCAUCUUAGAGCGUUUGUUUCUUUCUUAGGCCCUUUGCUCUGGAGUAACUUCUCCAGCUUCAGCUCACCUCACAGCUUCUCCGAGCAUCACCCUGGGAGUGUUUUGAGACUUUUCUCAUAAACGGGGGCAGUACAUUGCCUCUUCUGCUCCAAAGUACUCACUACCGCUCAGUAUUUUAAGUGAAAUGAUUCUAACUUGUGAUUUGGUUUGAGAUCAAUAGGGAAGCACACACACCAACCAAGAUGCAAAAUGUAUUGAAAUGAUAUUACCAAAAUUUUAAGUAGGAAAGUUAUCCAAACACUUCUGCUUCCACUUAACUGUCUGGCCCGCGAUAUUGUAGGCAUGUCCUUGGUUACUGUGAUAUUUAAAAUAUCCACAGUGCUCACUUUUUCCAAAUGAUUCUAGUAAUUGCCUAGGAAUAUCUUCCUCUUACCUAUUAUUUAUCAAUUUUCCCAGUAUUUUUAUAUGGAAAAAAAUUGUAUUGAAGACACUUAGUAUGCAGUUGAUAAGAGGAAUUUGGUAUAAUUAUGGUUGGUGAUUAUUUUUUAUACUGUACAUGCCAAAGCUUUACUACUGUGGAAAGACAACUGUUUAAUAAAAGAUUUACAUUCCACAA